ACUACAUCGAGACAAUCACCAGCCAUGGUCUGGAUGGAUAUUAUACUUGGACUUCUCCUUUGAUCAGGAAACAACACUCCUCUCUCCAACGUCCUACCUCGAUGGUAGAUACCACAUUCUACUCAGUUGCUACAGCUCGCUUCAAUCUGUAUAGUUCUUGAAUUUCCAGGCAGACAUGAACCGAUGUGCUACAGAAGGCUGAAAUCUCCAACAAUUCUUGAGCCAUGGCUGGAAACUCGGAGUCCUACCCGAUAUCCUCGAAUUCACGUUCCAAGUUGAAUGCCUUCCGGUUCAACAAUCAACAUACGAACAAUGGAGGAAAGUCGCCUGCGAAGUCGCCAUUAAAGGCAGGUCACGAUGACAAAGAAAACCAAACUUCAUGGUUGAACGGAGUGGUCAAACCACUGCAAUCAGAACCAGGAAAAGAAGAGCCUUCUGGCGAAGCGAACGAGCCGAAACCAGUCAAAGAGUGUCCUCAGACGCCAGGGAACAGGAUACCCCUGGCAGACCUCAUUAGCAAUGCAGAAGAUGCAUUCAACCGAGCACCAGGACAAGAAUACACGCCGGAAGAUCAUGUUAUCUGGCAGCAUGUACCUGCGAGCUCCAACCCGGACACACUCUCUCAACCUUCCGCAACGAGAAAGAAACGGCGUCACAGCUCAUCCCCGACCAGCUCUCCACUAGGUGGAAGCAAGAAGGGUGAACGGAAACGGUCCUUUGAUAUGCAAUCCUUCCAAGCGCUCCUCAAAACACCGCAGAACGAUCUCGCAACAGACCUGUGGAACAAUUACCUGGGCAAGGCUUCGAUCAAUCCAGAGGACAGCUUCCCUCCUCCUCGCCUAGCUAACCUUCUCUCCUCUUCACCCCAAACUCCUGCCACGACCGGCACCAGUAGGGAUUCUUCUGGUUUGAGGAGGUCAGUUAGUUGCAAUGCGGAAUGGCCCACAUCUAAAGCAAAACGGAGAAGAUUGAAUGGACAAGAGUUUGGUAGUGGGCGCAACAUUUUCUCUCGGUCUAAGAGUAAUGUACUGGAGUCCGCAAAUACGAAAUCUUCCAGACUCAACUUCUUGUUGGAGAAGAUUGAGAGAAGCUUGCAGAAGCCCUCUGUCGCUCCAGCAGAAAUGUCGGAUUCUUCACCCGUGCCGAAGCGCAAGCAAGUGCGAUGGAGCCGAUCGAAUUCUCCUAUCGAGAGAAAGGCCGCCGCGCAAAUUUCAGAGCAAGGCAUUGAGUAUGACGACGGGGUUGCUCACCCACUUGUACAACCAAACGAAGCCGAAGGCGUAGGAGCUUCUUCAUCUGAUUUCGGUGAUGAUGACUUGGACGAGGACUUUCUCACCUUGGCCGAAACGUCUGAGGACCCAUUCCUUGAACCAACCCGGCCCAACAACUAUACGAAUCCAAUGAACGCCGAAGCCCCUGUCGAAUCUACUAUGGAGCAGCCUCGACGUCAACUUAGUACUUUGGGGGACUCGGACCAUAAUGCAGGAGCUCCUGGUUCGGGCAACAGGAAGCUCAGUGUCGACAAAGCUGUGAACAGUGACGAAUUCGACGAUGACUUCGACGAUAUAGAGGAUCUUCUUGCCGAAUGCGAUGGAACAGCAGGCUUGACUCCUCCAGGACCAACAGCGUCAGCGAAGCUGUUGGCUAACGAACAACCUUGCAUAAAACAGAAUACGAAACGACCAUCUGAAACAGACGGAUUUAACGGCACUUCCACGAGGAGUUUGGAAAUAUCCUCUGCUGACGAGUUUGAUGAUGACGACUUUGACGUGGAGGCUAUCGAGCAGUCUAUGGAGCCAGGUAGAAAUGGACCAGUCAACGUUUGUCGCUCUUAGUUGGUACUUUCCAUAGGAUUUUGCUAAAUACAUAAGAGCUAGAACUCUACAGACCGGCAAGCUAUCAAACGAUAUUUGAUUGUUGAUAUUGCAGAGAAUACGUAUAUCACUAAAAAUGGUCGCACUCAGCCAGAGCAGGUGCUGUU